UCCACCACCCACUCCUCCAAUCGAAGCAACCGCAGCCGCGCGCCAUUGAUGGAUUUGCAGAGCUCCAAGGAGACGACGACGACGACGCCUCCUCCCGAGGCGUGGUGGACGGGGGAGACGGUGGCGGUGGUGACGGGGGCGAACCGGGGGAUCGGGCACGCGCUGGUGACGCGGCUGGCGGAGCAGGCGCUGUCCGUGGUGCUGACGGCGCGGGACAAGGCGCGCGGGGAGGCGGCCGCCGCGGCGCUCCGCGCGAGGGGCCUCCGCUCCGUGCGGUUCCGCCGCCUCGACGUCUCCGACCCGGCCUCCGUGGCCGCCUUCGCCUCCUGGCUCCGCGACGAGUUCGGCGGCCUCGACAUCCUGGUGAACAACGCUGCGGUGUCGUUCAACGAGAUCGACACCAAUUCGGUGGAGAACGCUGAGACGGUGCUCAGGACCAACUUCUACGGGGCCAAGAUGCUCAUCGAGGCACUCCUGCCGCUCUUCCGGCGAUCGGCCGCCAGCAGCCGGAUCCUGAACAUCAGCUCCCAGCUUGGCCUUCUAAACAAGGUGAGGGACCCGUCGCUGCGGAGCAUGCUGCUGGACGAGGGGGCCCUGACGGAGGGGAAGAUCGAGCGCAUGGCGUCGCGGUUCCUGGCGGAGGUGAAGGACGGGACGUGGGCGGAGCGCGGGUGGCCGGCGGUGUGGACGGACUACGCCGUGUCCAAGCUCGCGCUCAACGCCUACUCGCGCCUCCUCGCCGCGCGCCUCGCCAGCGCCGGCGACCGCGUCGCCGUCAACUGCUUCUGCCCCGGGUUCACGCGCACCGACAUGACGCGCGGGUGGGGCACGCGCACCGCCGAGGAGGCCGGCCGCGUCGCCGCGGGCCUCGCCCUGCUCCCGCCCGGCGAGCUCCCCACCGGCAAGUUCUUCAAGUGGUGCACGCCUCAGCUCUACUCCAAGCUGUGAAGCUAAGCUAGCUUAGCUAUAGCGCCAUGCUCCUCCAAGCUCCGAGCUGAGUCUGUGACACUGUCGACGACACACGUAGGCUCAGCUGCCUCCUGACGUCCGAGUACAAGUAGGACGCAUUACUACUGUAAAACUAGAGCAGAGAACCCACGAGGUGCUCAUCAUAAAGCAUGUCAGUUGACGGUGAAAUUAUAAUAUAUAUGGCA